AGAGCCACAGGCCACUGCUUCUCUCUCUUAGUUCCUGGAAAACUCCUCAGAGCCCAGCUGUGUGCUCGGCCAACUUAGGAGUCUCCUUGUCAUUCAUUUUCCAUGACGUCUCUGACUGAUGUGUAUCCUCUUCUCCCCUCAUUCUCCCAAUAAAAGGGAGAUGGGAGUCACAAUUUAGCAGAGGAAAACUUGGAAGCUUCUGAACCCACUUCUCAAGCCUUUCUUCUCUCGGCUAGCACCAUGAAAGUCUCAGGCGCUGUUCUCUCCUUACUUGUCAUUGCUGCUGCCCUCUGCUGUCGAGUCCGUGCCUCACCCUUUGGUCCUGGCAUCCCAACCAUUUGCUGUUUCCACUUCACCAGCAGAAAUAUCCCUUUAAAAUUUGUGGUAACCUAUAAGACAACCAGUAGCCAGUGUGGCAAGAAAGGAGUUGUCUUUAUCACAAAACGAGGCCUCGACAUCUGUGCUAACCCCAAGGAGGAGUGGGUCCAACGUAUUAUGAAACAACUAGACAGCCAGAAAGCCAAGACCCAGAGUCCAGGAAGGCUCCUGACCCUUACACCCAGCACUGCUUGACCUGAUUCCAAAGCAGGGUUGAAGAAUAAUCUAUUUCCUGCCCACCUCCCACAGCUGCCCUUUGAGACAUUUCAUUAUAAUUUAAAUAUAUUUUGUCCUAUUUAAAUUGUUAGUGUUUAGCUUUUUGUGCCUCAAGACUUUGUCUUUGUUGUAAUUUCUUUGUAAUGUACUUUUGGGUCAGUUAAUUCACUACUGUGCCUUAGACUUUGUGCGUGUAAAUUAGGCAAUGAUCGCUUCCUCUCUUCCCUACCUCAAAAAGAUGCUGUGAAAAUUGGUAUGAAAAUCUAUGUGAAAGGUGUUUGAAGCUUCUGAACAGAAGUCACACUCUGAACCCAGGGUAUUGAUAAUGAAUGUCCUUAUGGGAAAUAAUACUACAGUAUGUCUAUUGAAUUUCUAUAGAAAAUAUAUUUUUGUUUAUAAAACCUGA